AUGUUUAUGAGUGAUUAAUUAUACUGCGUUGAUGAGAGAUGCAACCUAUCAGAGAAAUUAAUAACUAAUUGGACCAAUUUCCUUCAACAUCAAGAGUUAGAACACAAAAUGUUAACUAUUAAAUAAUUUAAAUCAUAUUUGAUUGAAAAAAAAUCAACAAAUGCAACCUAAUAAAAUGAUGAGAGAAAAUUUCAAUACAUUUCCUUAGCAAAAGAAAAAUUAGAUAAUUUAUUUGAUUCAAUUGAAAGUAGAAUCCAAAAACUUGUCAAAUAGGAACUUGAAGAAAUAUUUGAAUUGUGUUUAGUGGACUUAGAAACACAAAUAUAAAAUUGUAUAGUAAACGAGAAUAUUUAAUUGGAUCAUUUUGAAACUUACUUCUAAUUUGAAGGAUAUCAAACUAAAUGUUUGAAUUUUUACAACAAUAAUAUCUAUAAUGAAAUUCAAGACAUAAUCAAUUAAUUUUGUAAAUUAAAGGAUAUUUAGUUUGAAGGUAUUUUUGGCUCCCUAACACAAUCAUUUUCCCAUCAAAAAUAUAUGAUAUAGUAAAUAGAGAAAUCCACGACUUUAAACUAAAAGAAAAUAAAGGAAAAUCAAGUUGACCUACCAUCCUCAUCAGGACAUAAAUAGGGUGAGUAAACACAAUAAGAAUAUUAUUAAUUUAAGGAAUAAAAUUCAUAAUCUAAACCAAUACAUCCUACAACUCUAUAAGGUUAUAAUUAAGUUGAGAAAUCCCAAUUAGACUAUUUUUAGAAUUAGGAUUAUGCUUAAGAAUCUAAAACUGAGGCUCUCCUUCCUUUGAAAGGAUAUAAAUAAGUAGAGAAAGUUUAAUAAGACUAUUAUUAAUUUAAUGAAUAUACCUAAGACUCUAAGCCAGAGCGUCCUAUAAAUCAAUAAAGAUUUAAUUAUGCAGAUAACUCGUAAGUAGACUGUAUUUAGAAUAAAAUUUCCUAUGAAUAGACACCAGAAAGUUACCCUCCUUUAAAAGGAUAUAAAUAAGCUGAGUAAAAGCAAAAUGAGUAUUUUUCGUAUAAGGAACGUUAACAAGAUGCUAAGUAGGAGCCUUCUCUUAAUUUCUAAGGGUUUAAUUAAGUUGAGAAAAUACAAUAAAAUUAUUAUUAAAACAAGGAAAUUUCUUAAGAAUCUAAAAUAGAAUCAAAAGUAAAAAAGAACCCAGUAAUAACUUAAGAAGUAAAACCUUAAGCUAAUGAUUAAAAACAACCUAAGAAAUUAAAUUUAAAUUAAAAAAAAAAGGAAGUAACUUAGGUUCAACAAAUAUAAAACAAAAUUUCAGAACAUGUAAAAGAUGCCAAAAAUCCAGAAUUCAAUGAGCUUAAUGGAAAGUUGGCAUUCUUUACAAAGUAAUUUAUGAUAGGAUAAGUAGAGUUAUUAGAUAAUUUCAAAACUGCCAAGUCAAAAUUGGGAUUUGUUUUGUUUGAUGGCUUCUUUAAUAAAACUGCAAAUAUUAAAUUAGAAGUACUUAUUUAAGAAUAUGAUAAAUAAUCAGUAUAAAGUCAAUAAAAAUAUUUUAGGAAAUAGAAAUAGGAUUAAUUGAUUGGAAUAAUUUUCAAUUACCUAGAGAAACAGGAAAACCACAGAAAGGAGUCCAUAGUCUUAACAGUUAAGGAAGUAAAUAAAAAUUCUAAAUAUAAGGUGCUUUUAAAGAUGGAAAAUAAAAAAGCAAAUAAAAAUAUAAGAAUCUUUUUAGAGCAUAUUUUAAUCUGA